UCCAAGAGAAAUCCUCGGCAGAUAAAUUGGACUGUCCUGUACAGAAGAAAGCACAAGAAGGGGCAGUCGGAAGAAAUUCAAAAGAAAAGAACACGACGAGCAGUCAAAUUCCAGAGGGCCAUCACUGGUGCAUCUCUUGCUGAUAUAAUGGCCAAGAGGAAUGCUCCCACAAAGGCAGCGCCUAAACAGAAGAUUGUGAAGCCUGUGAAAGUGUCUGCUCCACGAGUUGGUGGAAAACGCUAAAUUGGCAGAUCAGAUUUUUAAAUAAAGAUCUGUAAUUCUAA